GCCGUCACCCAGAAUAGAUAUCAGCUUUUCAACAGCACACACUCAGGAUAAGGUUGGAGAGUCUGCCUUUCAUCUACUAACCAGCGAGAGAGAGGAGCCUCUAGUUCUACCUUGUGAAUCAGGACCUUUUCUGAAAGAACUGUAGGCAGACUUAUUCAUUAUGGACAUCCAGAGGACAGGAUCCAUGGUUCGGCCCCCGAGCCCCAUGGACAGCCUGGAGAAGCAGCUGAGCUGCCCCAUCUGCCUGGACAUGUUCACCAAACCGGUGGUCAUCCUGCCCUGCCAGCACAACCUGUGUCGCAGCUGUGCCAGCGACCUGUACGACUCACGAAACCCAUACCGCUUUUCUGGAGGAGUCUUCCGCUGUCCUACCUGCCGCUUUGAGGUUGUCCUUGACCGCCAUGGUGUACACGGGCUCCAACGCAACCUGUUGGUAGAAAAUAUCAUCGACAUCUAUAAGCAGCAGCAGGAAGGUAACAACAAUAGCAGCACAGAAACAACCCUCAAGCCUAAAGAAUCCAAAGAGCCAAUGUGCCAGGAGCACGAGGAUGAGAAAAUCAACAUCUACUGUGUGACCUGCCAAGUUCCCACCUGCUCCAUGUGCAAAGUGUUUGGUCAGCAUAAGGACUGUGAAGUGGCACCUUUAGCAAGCGUUUACCAAGCUCAAAAAGGUGAGCUGAGUAAUGCUAUCGACACCCUUGUGGCCAGCAAUGGACGUCUGCAAGUCCUGCUCACUCAGAUGGAAGAUUCCUGCCGCAACGUGACAGAGAAUGCUCAGCGUGCAAAGCAAAGGUUAGCUGAGCGCUUUGACCUGCUUUAUGCUGUCCUGGAAGAGCGCAAGACCAUUCUGCUGGAGCAGAUUGGAAAAGAGCAAGAUGAGAAGGUUGCAGCUCUGCGGGCUCUGGCUCAACGUUAUGGUGAACGCCUGCAGGCCAGUUCAGAGCUCACAGACACGGCUGUGAGGGCGUUGGAGCAGGGUGGUGCUGCAGAGUUCCUGUUAGCCUCCAAGGGCCUCAUCACACAGACCAAGGAUGCAGCCAAGCACUCUCUGGGAGAGGAGAGGCCAGAGCCAGGCUUUGAGAAGAUGGACCACUUCACUUUGUCUACAGAGCACGCUGAAGCAGUCCUGGGAAAAAUGGACUUUGGAGUUGGUGAUGAUGAUGAGUUUGAGGAUGCAGAGGAUGAGGAGGAAGAGGAAGAAUGAAAAUCAACUGGUUUUGGACUCAUAGGAAUUAUUGAAAUACAUACUUUUGAAGGUUUUUGAAGAGGUGUUUAUGGCAGGGACUGUUUAAUGGUAAAAGUAAUUGAAGGUUAUGGUGGAUGUGGGCUAAAGUUACUUGCCCUUACUUUCAGUGCAAUAUUUAAGUUCAAUGUUGUACCUUUUCUUAAUGUCUUUUUAUACUUUUGUACUUUAAUUCAGUGAAAUGAAAAAAAGAUCUUGAUGUUAGUGUAAAUAUAGGAUGUUAGAUGGUUGCUUACACAUCAUUUUCCUCGAAGUUAGCUUAUGGAAACAGCCAUUUGUAUUGUUCUCACUUUGUUUUAGUUUUGUGUUGAUUCGGUGAUCAUCUUUAAUCACGAAAUGUGUCUUUAAACAAAUGUGGAAUAAAGCUGCAUGAAGUCAAA